GUGUGUGUGUGUGUGUAAAAUUGGUGGUCGAUAAUACUAUCUUUGUUUGUUUUUUGAGGGGGAGCUCAGUCUGUGCCCUCCCAUCUCUGCUUUUGGGGGUUGUAGAUGUGAAUCACUACACCAGGCAAGACUUUGACCCUUGAAGGAUCCAAGUCAGUUGCUCUGUAGGUCAGUACAGCCGGAUCCAUGGGUUUUCUGUCAUGACAUGCACUCUCUCCCGGGGGCUGUGAGAACAGAGUGUUGCGCUUCUGAUGUACCACAUCUGGAGCUCAGAGCUCAGGGCUCACAUUGGGAGUUGCUAGGUUUGAACUUUGCUGAAGGUUAGAGUCCCAGGAGUCUUGUGCUAAGAAUCAAAGCAAGCCAACCUGCUUGCCUGGAGCUUUCCAAGGUGCUUCCCAGCACCCGGGCCAUUUGAUGUAGUCACAUUAGAGAUGCUAAUGUCCUUUAUUCUGUGGUCUGUGACCAGCUGACUCCCCUUUCUUCCAAGAUCCCGGGGGUGGGGGGGGGUGGGGGGUGGAGUCUUUACCUUCACACAGAGGCAGACUUCCUUUCCCUCAGAGUCCUUCUCUGGCACGUAGUCGCUCUGUGUAUUCACGGGGGGCCACCUUCACACGCUGACCCUGCACACCUGCUUCUGAUGAUCCCCGUGCCCCCAAUCCAUAAACACUUGUCUCUAAUACAAAAUACCUCUGCCAGCUGCCUGCUUUCUUCUCCACAAAGCCUCUUUCUUUAAGGCUUCUUUAGCUUCUCUGAUCAUUUGAGGAGAAAGUUAAUUAUGUGGUAAUGCAUGUGUGACACUUGCUAAGAGCUCCUUCAGCAAAGACCUUGCAGCCCGUUGUCUGGCAGCCGCUGGCAUGGUAGUCACAGCUGGAGGGGCGGAGAGGUGAAGAACGCCAUCCCAGCAGAAGGCUCCUGGGAUUUUUCCAGAGAUAAUACAGCUUAUCUUGGGCCCUGUGGUGCAGUGUCUCUGAGGAGCGUUCUGUAGAUACUUAGUCUAGAAGAGUGUUUCCAACCUGAAGGUUACUUUGUUACUUUUUAUCAAUGGUUUCAGGCCUCUAUUUUCUUAGAGGACGGGGGCUUGUACCCAGGACCUCACCAGCUUCUCUGGUGCGCUCUACAUCCUGGCCCAAGAACACCAGCCGUUUUUAGUUUUCCUUUUGAGAGUCUCAAAGAGUUGACCAGACUGGCCUCAGAGUUAUGAUCCUUCUGCCUCAGCAAGAACCAUCACCCCUCAUUCUGUGUUUUCGUGGAUCACAGCUUCAAGGCCAUGUUCGUUUACAUCGGUAGUUCAGAAAGGAAACAGGGGUCGCCUGAACUGUUUCAAAUGGGAAAUGUCAUGCCGGAGACAGAAAAUGAUGGAAGAGGCUAAGAGGCAAACAGAUACUAGCCUCUUACCAUGCAGGAAUCGGUGCCCUAGGCAGGGGGGAGGAAAAAGGGAUGGUGGUCCCAGAGUCUGGGGUCACCAGGAAAGUCUCAAGGGGAGAGGGAAAGGGAGAGAUACUUGGGAUUCUCCGUUCUCCUGUCUUCUAACAUGCCAGCUGUGCUCCCAACAUGCCGUGGGCCAGCUGCCGUUGGGGCUUGUGGAGCCUUUGGAAUCUGCCAUAGUGAGCAGAGCAAGGCGAGAUGAGGUCAUCCCUCGAGGAUGGAUAGCUUUUUCCCAGUCAUCACCCCUGGAUCACCCUAUUCUUUUCUUUAAAACUCCCCCCACCAAAAAAAGGAAAAUAAAACAGAUUUAUUUUUAGUUAUAUGUAUGUGUGGGUACCACACUACACGUGUGUGUGUGUGUGGGGGUGCCCUUUGAGGCCAGAGGUGUUGGAUCUCCUGGAGUUGUAAGAGGUUAUGAGCUACAUUUUGGUCCUCUGCCAAAGCAGUAAACAGGAUUCACUGCUGAGCCAUGUCUCCGGCUCCUUGUCCUAUUCUUGAUUCUUAGUGUAGACUUUUUAAUCCAGCCUUUUUAAACAGAUUAUUUAAUUGGCAUGGCGACGCCAUCAUCCCUCUAGCCGUAGUAUUAACUGUGUUUUUUUUUUCUGUACUAUCCUGGAGAUGAUACUUAAGAACAACCACCACUGGAGCUGCUCAGUGCUAUUUGGAAUUCAUAAAUAAUAAUUAGGUUGUUAGCGGCUCUCACAGUUAACGAAGCACCUUCACAUACAACAGCCUGAGCGGCUCUCAUAAAAGUCUACGCGGGGUUAUUAUUGCUCCCGUUUUAUGGGAAAGAUUACCCAAGUCUUGGAGAUGCUAUACGCAUUAUGGAGAGCGGAGGCAACAUUUAAACUCUGGACUGUCCAGGUUCCAAACUCUAUAAUCUUUCCAUGACAUCCUGUGACUUAAUGCCAGAUGUCGCCCUUGUGGGCAUGGCAAGAUUUUUUUUUUCCCUCUGAGCUUGUUGGCUGAGUUUAGGAGAAGAGAAUACCUUUAAAUUUUGCAAACAUUUUGCUGUCUCACAAAUUAAAAUUACACUGGAUGUAGUGACCCAGGCUUACCUAGCAUGCCAGUCUGAAGUGCUGUGAGCCCCUAGGGAGCUGUAUCCUUGUUCUUCACACAUCGAAAUUUAGUUUGUCAGUGUUCGGUGUACAGCUGCGUGGAGCAGCCCACGCAUGACAGGAAGUGGAGAAAAAAAAAGACUUACGGUGUAGACAAUUCCCAUUUCCCCAUCUCCUCCGUGAGCGGGAGGGCACUCGGUGAGAGGAGAACGUGAGUGAACAGUUUCUUAGUGUCCUUGGCAUUUACUAAUCUGGCAACCUUACCCCAGGAUGGGCAGGAAUCCCAAAGUUUCAGGGGUGCUUGUGUGUGUGGGGGAGAGUGCUGGAGGAUGCUGAGGACAGGAGUCCAGAUGGCUCUGCGUGUGCCAUCUGUGCCCUGUGCCGGCCGUGGGGUAAUAAUUCCUGCACAGGUUCAGGGAAGGGAAGAGGGCCUUGGAAAGGAUUCCCAGAGGCUGUCAAGGCCUGAUCCCACCCAGGUUGUUUCUGGGGCACAGAGGACCGGCCUGGCCUCCAGUGAAAGCUGGGGUUGAUAUGUGUGGUUUCACUUGGUUUUUCUGAUUGUCUGUUUUCGCCAGUGAACAUUCAGAUCUGACCAGGAUGUUAAGUGUCCCUUCGGGAUGGGUAAGCACACUAGGAGGAAACCGAAGAGGGGGGAGCCAAAGGGGGUCUGCACUGUCGGCAGAGGUCUGAGGGUGGCAUGGAAAAUGAGGAGGUUCGUGGCAGCAUGGUGCUGCUGGCCCAGGGAGAGGCUGAAGAGCUGCCCUGUGGUCCUUCUUGCGGGUAUCCAGGCAAGGAAGGAGCAGAUGGAACGCUGGACCAGGUGCUUGCUUCCCGUGGGGGCGGAGGAGGACAGGGAUGCCCCUGGGCUGUCAGAUCUCACACUUGGAGGAUUGUCCAUUGGGGUGUGGGUGUGUGUGUGGGGGGGACGACUCCCUAGUUACUCACCCUGGAGCUCAGAAGGGGGAACAGGGUUGCUCUCAGUCCAGUCCAUUUGGAACCCUGGAGAUAACCAGUGUUAUCCCGGACCUUUGGUCCCCUGACUAUUGUGCAGGUGAUGCCGUCGCCUCCUCAUCGGAGACUUCUGUUGAUGGCUGUAUCACUCCAAGCCUCCCCUGACUGCUGGUCUUUCUGCACUAGCCAGAUAAGAGGGCUAUAACUGCACUUCAGAACUUUUUAAUCUAGCCAAAGAUUGCUUUUGCAUUUUCUCAAGGUUUUUUUUUUUUUUUUUUUUUUUUUCCUUGUCCAGGUGAAAAUCUGAACAUCCUUUUUGGAAGGGCCACAUUUAAAUGAGCUAACCAAUGUGAUGGACAUAUUUCUGAAAGCCUUCUUUCUUUUUUUUUUUUUUCUUUCUUUUUUAAAUUGUUGUUGUUGUUGUUUUCUGAGGCACAGUUUCUCUGUGUAGCCCUGGCUGUCCUGGAACUCACUCUGUAGACCAGGCUGGACUUGAACUCAGGGAUCUCUCUGCCUCUGUCUCCCGGGUGCUGGGAUUGAUGGCGUAUGCCACCAUCGCCUGGCCUGAAAGCCUUCUUUCAACAAGAUAAUUAAUAUUUCUAAGUCCAGAGGCUACAGUCAGUGUUUGUAUCCUAGUGUAUAAGGAUAGAACUUUGCCCGUUCAUUCAUUCAUUCAUUCACGGCAUGUACCUCGAGCUCAUGUAUGCAUCAGGCAGAAAUGAGCUUCAUAGAGGAAAACUGCAGAAUGGCAAAGCACAGGAAACUGUCAGUGACCUCAGGCCUGGGACUCAACCAAGUCCUUUGCAUCUCCUGUCCUGCCCCUUUGGGGUUUCAGAGGUCAGCCACCUGCCCAUUGAAUGGCAGAGGCAAAAUGAAAAUGAGUUCUUGCCCAUGGGGUCAGCGGAAGGUCGAAGGCGCUGGCUGAGCAGAGAGACUUGAAUAAUCUGUGGUUUUCUACCUCCUUGCAGCUGUGGGUCCUUCUUCCCCGGGCUGAUCAGCCAGCCCUCUCGGCUAACCUGUCUUUCUCAAUUUGUCCUGGUCUCUGUCCGCAGUGCCGCGCUUGAGAUGGAGUUCCUGCCCUUUUGGCUCUGCCUGGGUUUUCCCUUCUUGGUUGUGGAAUGGAGGCAUGGAGGAGGGGCGGCCGCUGCAGCUUCCCAAGGAGGCUGCAAGGUGGUGGAUGGAGUCGCUGACUGCCGGGGGCAGAACCUUGCCUCGGUACCCAGAAGCCUCCCAUCACAUCCCCGGAUGCUCAUUCUGGAUGCCAACCCUCUCAAGGUCCUGUGGAAUCAUUCCUUCCGGGCCUACCCACGCCUGGAGAACCUCAGCAUGCACAGCUGUCACCUGGACCGUAUUGGCCACUACGCCUUCCAAGGGCAGGGCCGCUUACGCAGCCUGGGCCUGGCAGACAACCGCCUCUCCGAGAACUACAAGGAGACGGCGGCAGCCCUCCACACCCUGUUAGGACUCCGGAGCCUGGACUUGUCCGGAAACUCCCUGACGGAAGACAUGGCAGGCCUCAUGCUCCAGAACCUGUCCUCGCUGGAGGCUGUGUCUUUGGCAAGGAACGCCCUCAUGAGGCUCGAUGAGUCUGUCUUUGAGGGCCUGGAGCACCUCAGGGAGCUGGAUUUGCAGAGAAACUAUAUCUUCGAGAUUGAGGGUGGUGCUUUCGAUGGCCUGACUGAGCUGAGGCGUCUCAACCUUGCCUACAACAACCUCCCGUGCAUUGUGGACUUCAGGCUCCCGCAGUUGCGGUUCCUCAACGUCAGUUACAACAUCCUGGAGUGGUUCCUGGCAGCCAGGGAGGAGGCAGCCUUUGAACUGGAGGUCCUGGACCUGUCUCACAACCAGCUGCUCUUUUUCCCUCUCCUGCCCCAGUGCGGCAAGCUGCAUACCCUCCUGCUACGGGACAACAACAUGGGUUUCUACAGGGACCUCUAUAACACCUCCUCACCACAGGAGAUGGUAGCCCAGUUCCUUCUUGUGGAUGGCAACGUGACCAACAUCACCACGGUCAACCUCUGGGAAGAGUUUGCCUCCAGCGACCUGUCGGCCCUUCGCUUCCUGGACAUGAGCCAAAACCAGUUCUGGCACCUGCCGGACGGCUUCCUAAAGAAAACCCCAUCCCUUUCCCACCUGAACCUCAACCAAAAUUGCCUGAAGAUGCUCCACAUUCGGGAGCAUGAGCCCCCAGGGGCACUCACUGAGCUAGAUCUGAGCCACAACCAGCUGGCCGAGCUGCGCCUCGCUCCGGGGCUCACCGACUGCCUCAGGAACCUCCAGGUGUUCAACCUGAGCUCCAACCAGCUCCUGGGAGUCCCCACAGGCCUUUUCGACAACGCCAGCCACAUCACUACAAUUGACAUGAGCCACAAUCAGAUCUCACUCUGUCCCCAGGUGGUGCCCUUAGACUGGGCGGGGCCCUCCAGUUGUGUGGAUUUCAGAAACAUGGCCUCCUUGAGGAGCCUGUCUCUGGAGGGCUGUGGCCUGAAGGCAUUACGAGACUGCCCAUUCCAGGGUACCUCCCUCACUCAUUUAGACCUGUCUAGCAACUGGGGGGUUCUGAAUGGAAGCAUCAGCUCUCUCUGGGCUGUUGCCCCCACGUUGCAGGUCCUGGCGCUCAGGAAUGUGGGCCUCAGUUCCGGCACGGCAGAGAUGGACUUCUCUAGGUUUGGGAAUCUGAGGGAGCUGGAUCUUUCAGGAAAUUCCUUGACCAGCUUCCCAAGGUUCAGCGGCAGCCUGGCCCUUCGGACUCUUGACCUCCGCAGAAACUUCCUCACAGCCCUUCCUCAGAGGGCUGUGUCUGAGCGGCCACUGAGGAGUCUGCAGGCCAUCUACCUCAGCCAGAACCCUUACGAUUGCUGCGGGGUAGAGGGAUGGGGGGCCCUGCAGCACUUCAAGACCGUGGCGGACUUGGCCAUGGUCACUUGCAACCUCUCUUCCAGGAUCAUCCGAGUGGUCGAGCUGCCCGAAGGCGUGCCCCGGGACUGUAAGUGGGGGCAGGUGGACACUGGCCUGUUCUACCUCGUCCUCAUUCUGCCCAGCUGCCUCACCCUGCUGGUGGCCUGCACCAUCAUCUUCCUCACUUUUAAGAAGCCUUUGCUUCAGGUCAUCAAGAGCCGGUGCCACUGGUCGUCCAUAUACUGACCUACGUGCCCAGGCCGGAAAUUUGAUCUGUGCACGUAAGGAUGCUUUUCUGUGACGGGUUGUCACAUCUGCAGCGGCCGGGUGUGACACAUCGAAGGUUAAAUUAAAAUUUAAAAAAUUUCCAUCUUCAGUCCCAUUAAGUUCUUCUCCCACCCUUGUGAUUUAUCCUCAUCAUCCUGGUGAAAUAUUUAUUAAGUGACAUUCUGUUAGAAUAAAAGGCGCAGCUCAUAAAUAUAUAUUUUUUAAAUCAAA